UACACAUUAAAUGAUACAUUAGUUUGGUUUACACACAUCUAGUGUUUUGGUUUUUUACAUACAGUUUGUUGUUAUUGUGUUAUUGAUUAUCAAAAAACACAACAACAAUGUUGUCGUCGAUAAUGAUAUCACAACACGUGUUGGCCAUCAAAGUGUCUACUCAUCAGAGAUGUCUUCGAUUGGUUACCGAUUGUCUGAAGAAGACGAUGGCAACGAUGACAACGACAACGACAACAACAACACCAACACAUGUGAACCGAUUGUUGUUGUCUUCAUCGGCAAUGAUUAGUUGCCGUCAAGACAUCCGUACAUACCAUCAUCAACAACAACAACAUUAUGAUUAUCACCAUAAGUCGCCGCCACCACCACUACCGCCGAUGUCGAUGACAAUUGUUCCCAAUGCACUUCCAGGCUAUCAUCCAGGACAUCAUCAUCAGCGGCAGCCGCCAAUCAAUGAACUACCGCCGCAACCGUCGACUAUCUUAAACAAAUGGAUCCGUGAGGUAGUGAUGGACACCACAAACAACACUGGUAUCGGUGUUGUGGUGCCGAAACAGGCGCCUGCCGUCCAAUCAAAUCGUACGAUGCGUUUGGAUUACGUAAUAAUACGUGACCCGCGAUCGUACAGCCACUUGACGGUCAUUCGCCGCCGGAAAAUGUCUAAACAUAAACGUAUGAAAUGGCGUAAGAAGAUGGUAGCCAUGCUUAAGAAGAAGAAUUUGAAGAAAAAUAUAAUGAAAGAAAAGGUAUUCAGAGCGGAACUGUUGGCCCAAAUCAAAGAAGCCGAAGAUUUUGAUCCGGAACUGUAUGUCAACAAUAUAUUGGAUACAAUAGAUCGUCAGCCGAAAGACAUAACCAAAGAAGAAUAUUUCGAACACAUCAGGAAUUUGAUCCGAAAGAAUCGUAAAGAAACUAAUUUUAUUGUCGAAAACUAAUUGAUUGAUUGAUUGAUUUGAUUUGAUCGGGGAAUAGUCAUCGGCGGUAGUGUUGUUGUUGGCAGAUAUUGGCCACAGUUUUUUUGAUGAACCAAUAAUUAGAUAACUUGUAGUUUAUUAUUAUUAUUAUUAUUAUUAU